AUGGCUUCUUUUACGUUUAGGGUUUUCUCUGGGAUGUUUUCUACUACCAGGGCCAUUGAUGAAAACGUCCAUCUUCGUUCAGAGUUGCAGCAUGUUCCCAAACAAGUGAAAGAUGUCUGUCGUAAACGGUUUAACAAACUCUCUAUUGAUCAUCAAAGCUCUUCCAAGGUGAGAAGACUAGGAAGGACGGCCGCUGCUAAAGGAUCAUGUAGAACACAUCCAGGCAGUGGUGGUGAUCCUCAAACGUUUCCGCCAACCGACGUUAUUGCUGCAGGUGAUUGCGAUCUCUAUCAUUUCAAACAAGUGUAUUUAAAUGCACCAGAGGGAUCUGAAAAGAAAGCUAAAGCUUGGCAAAAUUACCAAACUGUCAUGCAACAGAGAAGUUAUAUUGAUUCCUGUAUGGUUCUCAUUGGUGAGUUUAUAUUUGGAACAGCCGAGAAGGCUUUGGCUGUGAUGAAUGCUGCUGAAAGGCCUGCUGGACAACCUCUUAUUGAUGACUGGAGCUGUUACCAUACAAUGGUGAAAACACUGUCGAGAAUAUGUGGACCAUUAACGCCAUAUGGACUGAAAUAUACGGUUAGCUUAGCUAACAUGUGUUAA